GAAUGAGCAAACAGGUUUGCAUUGGUGGUGGUGGUGGUGGUGCGCCAAAGGAGUAGUACGCGGGUCUUCUAGGUCGGGGAGAUUGCAGUUCUUGUUGCUGCCGCCACCGCCACUAUCUGCCCCGUCGAUUCAUCGAUCGCUGAUCGUCCGAUCCGUUGAGCCAGACGGCAGGAGGGCUUCAGUUCCUUGCAGUACUCCUACCGGUGCGGUUGUGUUCGCUCGCUCGCUUGCUCUAUUCGUUUUGCUCACUGUUCCAUUGCAGUUUUAGAAGCAGAGAUGCCGAUCGAUAUUAAGCGUGUGCUCGUGUGUGAUGCAGUAGAUAAUGCGUGCGUUAAGCUGCUGCAAGAUCAUCAGAUCCAGGUCGAUUACAAGCUGAAACUCACGAAAGAUGAGCUGGUCAAAGAGGUGAAGAAUUAUGAUGCUCUCAUCGUGCGGUCCGAUACGAAGAUUACGGCCGAAAUCCUGGAUGCUGGAGCGGGCCGAGUGAAGGCCGUCGGUCGGGCAGGGGCUGGUGUGGACAACAUCAACAUCGAAGCGGCCACCAAGAACAAUGUGCUGGUACUCAACACCCCGGGCGGUAAUUCCAUAUCCGCUUGUGAGCUCACGUGCUUCCUGAUCGGUGCACUGGCCCGGCCCAUCUGUCCAGCGGCCACCAGCAUGAAGGAGGGCCGCUGGGAUCGAAAGCUCUACUCCGGCACGGAGCUGUACGGGAAAACGUUGGCCAUUCUGGGGUUGGGACGCAUUGGGCGUGAAGUUGGCAUCCGGAUGAAUGCGUUCGGUAUGCGGGUGAUCGGGUACGAUCCGAUUACGACGCACGCCGAAGCGAAGGCGGCCGGUAUCGAGAAGCUCGAACUGGAACAGAUCUGGCCCCAGGCGGACUACAUUACCGUGCACACGCCGCUCAUUCCGGCGACCAAGAAUCUGAUCUCAACGGAAACACUCGCCAAAUGCCCGAAAGGCGUCCGGGUGAUUAACGUGGCCCGGGGUGGCAUCAUCGAUGAGGCGGCCCUGCUGGCAUCACUCGAAAGUGGCCACUGUGGUGGUGCGGCACUGGAUGUCUACCCGGAGGAACCACCGAAAUCGGAAACCACCAAGAAACUCAUCAAUCACCCGAAGGUGGUCGCAACGCCGCACCUCGGUGCCAGUACAUCCGAGGCGCAGGUGCGUGUCGCCGUCGAGGUUGCCGAACAAUUCAUCGCGCUGACGGGCAACUCGACCGUCUACACGCAGUACGCCGGUGUAGUUAAUCGCGACGUUUUGAAGAAUGUCUUUUAAAUCGAAUUCGACGCUCCAGCCGGUACCUUCAGCUGCAGGCGGCGGUGGCCACCUAUUUUUAGGAAACCAUUUGCGCCCCUUUAAGGGCCGCUUUAUAUUAGUACACCAUCAUCACAGUACGGGCCACCGAUACGGUAUACUGUUUUCCACAAAAGGAGGGAAAUCAAUCAUCACACGACACGACACCCGGCCCGACGAUAAAGGAAUCGCCAACGCCAUGACGUCACGGUAGGAUGGUGGCUAAGCUAAUGAAAUGCUAUCCUCCAGGCGCUCCAGUGCCGGUGUCACCACAGAGUAAUCGGAUAUCGCACACAUUUGUCAAAUAAGCGUAGAAGCAAAUAAGAACCAUCCCAAAAGCGGAUAAUUGGGAACGAAUGCAAAUAAAGUGGUUUCAAUUCGCCGAGAAAGACGAUAUGAUAGUCAA